AUGGCGGGUGGCGCGCUCACUUCUCACCAUGUAAAUUAUUUAAUAUGGAGGUAUCUGCAAGAAUCAGGCCAUGGAGAAGCAGCUGUCAUGCUCCAACGGGCAUGGAAUCCUAAUCCACAAAACCUGCCAUUUGCUCCCUACAUACAAUCACACGCUCUUGUAUCAUUAGUACAAAAGGGUCUUCAAUAUCACGACCUUGAACGAUCAGUAGACCCGAAUGGAAACAUAAUACCCGAAGUACCAGCGCCUUUUUUUGGGCCUCUUUUGGACAAGCCCGGUUCGCCUCAGGCAGCAGACAAACAAGGCGUGGCUAACGGGAUCGCUGCUGGUGAUGGAGAUUCCAUUCCCUCAUCACCAAAGACUGCUGGUUCUCGAAAAACUGGUCAAGAAGCUUGGGCCAAUGGACACAUUCAAGGUGAUUCAGCUGCCAGUAAAACCGGCGAUGGAGAUGAUCAUGAAGACGGCGAUACGGUAAUGACAUCCGACGCACCCAUGGCAGUUGACAAGCAACAGCCUGAGGAGACACCCUCUAAGACCCCGAAAUCACCCUCACGGCCGUCAUCGCCCACAGUUGAACCAGGGAUCGACGCUGAUGGGGACAUCGGCAUGUCUGCACCGCCCACUCCCGUUUACACGUUAACAAACGGGCAGAGUGUUGGAGUUCAAAUCGCACCUCCAAAGGCCAUCGAUUUGACAACUAACGCCGUUUUGCUAGAUAUUGGUGCCAAAAACCAUGUGAUGAAGACGGCCUGGCGGCCUGGUGAUUCACUUUUGUUUGGAGCUAGUGCAGAGUCAUAUUGCGGGCUUUGGAAACUAACAGGACAACGCUCAUCGACUGCACCAGGGCAUGAAGUACUAACCAGUACAGCAAAUGUUACCGCCAUGGAGUGGGGACCAUCAGGUAAAACACUAGCUGUUGCGACGUACUCCGAUUUUGAGGGCACUGUUGUUCUUUAUAGCCCACAGGGAAAGAUGGUGAAAUCCCUACCUUGCAUGCCGGGCUUGAUAUCUGGACUAAGAUGGUCUGGAAACGGAGACCGCAUUAUCUUCACUGUAUCGGAUGGCAGCCAAUCUAAGCUGUUAAUGUGGGACAAGGAGAUAUCGGCUACAGAGUAUAUCAAUAGCCAGAUUAUUGAUGGUGCUAUAUAUGAGGUUCUGUGGGUUGAAGAUGAAGAGGUAUACGCCUGUGGAGAUGGAGCUGUAUACCAAUUCCGCAUCACGAACGAGAUUGAAUUAUCCGAAACCUUCCGUUGGGAUGAAUAUGCUCAGGAACCAUGGACGCUGAUCAAGUCGACGCAGUGGAAGGAAUCGAGUGUGGUUGCUACCGUAUCGACGUCCGCUACGACAUCCAAUAUCUGGAUACCUAGUCACGACAUAAAAGUUGAAUCAGCACAUCAUGGAAUAAUUACAUCUCUAGAAUUCAGACCGCUACCAAAGCCUCACUCCGGUCCCCAAGCUCUCGUCAAUGGGACUGGAAAGGAUCCUGCGCUAAUAUUGGCUACUUCCUCCAUGGAUGAGACUUUAAAGAUUUGGAGCAUUGACUGCACUUCGAAAACUGCCAGUUGUGUCCACCGGCUCUUCCUUGGACCUUCAUUACCAGCACUAUCAUCCGCAUUUUCACCAGAUGGUUAUGCUAUAGCAGCAGCCAGUCAGGAUAAGCUAUUCAUUUGGAACGCCGAACGGGGAGGUACACCAAUGGCAAGCUGGCCUAUUCCCAAAGAUGGGUCAAAGGAUGAAUCCAGCCCAGAUGAAACUAGUGGCAAUACUAACGGCAUCCAAUCUGCCCUCGAUCGCCCGCUUUCGUGGGAUGGUGACGGAAAGAAGUUGGCUCUUGGUUUCGGGAACACGGUAUGGGCUGACUUAUCUCCCCUAAUUAUGAUUUUCAUCCUACUAACGGUCAACGUGCAGAUUGCAAUAAUUAACCUUCAACGAUAA